UUGGCAGAUUAUGAAUGAGCCUUUGGCCAAGUCUUGUAUGUGUUUAAAAUAAACAAAUUAUAAAUUUUUGUGAAUAAACAUCCAUGCAGAAUCCGUUUCGUUGAUUAAAUAAUCUCCAGAGCGCAUUCCUUGAAGUUUGCGCUCCCCGGGGGAGGUUUUAUUUGUAAAGUGCAAAGGAAACUUCAAAGAUUGACUCCGUGUGGGGUUGGGCUUCGCCCCCGCUGCGUCUGCAGCUGGGAAACGUGCGUGCUCAUAAAAGAAUGGGCGAGGGAGCGUCACCAGGCGGGGUCGGUGGCGGCGGCGGUGCCCGCCUCUCCCACACAUCAGAAAAGCACCCCCGAGCAAUUCUCGGUGAGCUCUCUGCUCUGAGGCGACAUAGAGAGCUCUGUGAUGUUGUGCUCAAUGUUGCGAACAGGAAACUCUUUGCUCACAGAGUUAUCCUGUCAGCAUGCAGUCCAUACUUUCGAGCGAUGUUUACUGGCGAGCUGGCGGAGUCGCGUGCCACCGAGGUCACAAUUCGCGACGUGGAUGAGCACGCAAUGGAGCAGCUCAUCGAGUUCUGUUACACUGCUCACAUUAUCGUGGAGGAGAGCAAUGUGCAGGCGCUGCUUCCUGCCGCGUGCUUGCUACAACUGCAGGAGAUCCAAGACGUUUGCUGCGAGUUCCUCAAGCGGCAACUGGACUGUUCCAAUUGUCUUGGUAUCCGCGCCUUUGCCGACACACACUCUUGCCGAGAACUGCUCAGGAUCGCGGACAAGUUCACGCAACAGAACUUUCCAGAGGUCAUGGAGAGUGAAGAGUUCCUACUGCUGCCCGCGUCGCAGCUGAUAGACAUAGUGUCCUCGGAUGAGCUCAACGUGCGCUCGGAGGAGCAGACCUUCCAGGCAGUCAUGUCCUGGGUCAAGUACAAUGUCGCCGAACGGCGGCAGCAUCUCGCUCAGGUUCUUCAGCAUGUCCGUCUACCGUUGCUUAGUCCCAAGUUCCUGGUGGGCACAGUGUCCUCGGAACUCCUCAUCAGAUCCGAUGAUGCCUGCCGGGAUCUGUUAGAUGAAGCCAAAAACUACCUGCUACUUCCACAAGAAAGGCCGCUCAUGCAAGGACCCCGGACGCGACCCAGAAAACCCACCAGAAGAGGAGAGGUGUUAUUCGCGGUGGGAGGUUGGUGCUCCGGAGACGCCAUCGCCAGCGUGGAGCGCUUCGAGCCCAGUACGGGCGAGUGGAAGAUGGUGGCUCCCAUGUCCAAACGGCGGUGUGGAGUAGGCGUGGCCGUGCUGCAGGAGCUGCUGUACGCGGUGGGAGGCCACGACGGACAAAGCUACCUCAACAGCAUCGAGCGGUAUGACCCGCAGACCAAUCAGUGGUGCGGCGCGGUCGCUCCCACAUCGUCGUGCCGCACGUCGGUGGGCGUGGCCGUACUGGAGGGGGCUCUGUACGCGGUGGGGGGACAAGAUGGCGUGCAGUGCCUCAACCACGUGGAGCGAUAUGAUCCCAAGGACAACCGCUGGACCAAGGUGGCAGCUAUGACGACCCGGCGGCUCGGUGUGGCCGUAGCGGUACUGGGAGGCUACCUGUAUGCCGUGGGGGGCUCCGACGGACAGUCGCCGCUCAACACGGUGGAGCGUUACGACCCCCGCGCGAACAAAUGGACGUCGGUAGCGUCUAUGUCGACGCGACGCAAACACCUUGGCUGCGCCGUGUUCGACGGACAGAUCUACGCAGUGGGCGGACGCGACGACUGCACCGAACUAUCCUCCGCCGAACGAUACGAGCCAUCGACGGACACGUGGUCGCCGGUGGUGGCGAUGACGUCACGGCGCAGCGGGGUGGGUCUGGCGGUGCUCAACGGACAGCUGUACGCCGUGGGGGGCUUCGACGGUACCGCCUACCUCAAGUCUAUCGAGGUGUACGACCCGGAGUCGAACCAGUGGCGGCUGUGUGGUGCCAUGAACUACCGGCGACUUGGAGGCGGAGUGGGUGUGAUGCGCGCUCCGCACCAUGACAAUCACUAUAUAUGGAACAGGAAAGACUCGGUGGUGUGAAACAACAUCGCCACAUCGAUAUUAUGUUAAGUCGUUACUCAUUUUAUUUUAUUGUUAAAUCUAUGAUAAUGAAAUAUUUAUAAAUAAAUGGAGAUAUAAAUUUUAGAUAUUAAAUUA